UUCCGGUUGUCACGCUGCCGCGUUGACUAGGUCCACUUACUCUGGAGGAGUGCUGUUUGCCAUGUCCUGCAUCACCUUUGGAAGCGGGCUCCGUAACCAAGUCGUGUCGAAACGUACGCGAUCCGUUCUCAUUCUCCGGUCGCUCAGUGUAUGUCACGGUGCCAGUGCAUAGCUGCUACCGUGUGACGUAUACAUCAGUACGUCAGUAUCGCACUUAGGAUCCGCAUUGCACAAGCCUAAGGGCGUCACGCGUCACGCCCUCUGUCUCCAACCACCACCUCGGAGACCUCCGCUUCCUUGUCCCGCGCUACCUCCCAACCUCUGGGCCCAUCCUCCUUGACUUCGCCAUAUGGUCCAGGAAACCUACUUCGCCAGUGCAAGCUCAUCGAGCGACCCAGGCGCACGACGGAAGACAGGACCCGCGACAAGACGGGUUUCUUUGCUAGACCUGGAUGACUCCGAACCUCUUCUCUGCACCGCUCCGGCAAAUGGUCCGUAUCAUUGCGUCCGGAGUCAAGCAACAGCAGCAGUCCCAAGCCCAUCUGCCAAGCACGAACCUGCAGCUGAACAUGCUUCAUGUUCGUGCCCAGCCGUUCCUUUGAGACAACAACCCCGUUAUGGUCCGCAAAUGCUGGCUCUGGGCUCUCUUCCUGCUACCUUGAUGCUACUGGCAACGUUCUGCGGACGGUCUCGCGGCAAAGGACUGCCUGGCGCUAGUCCAAUGCAUUUGACCGCCGAGUCCGAACAUGAAGUUCUGAUCACCUUCGAGGAUCUUUCCGAAAGCCGACAAACAUCACUACACCCUAGCACCCUCUCUGAUAUACCCCAUUCUUCGCAUGGCUAUCCAUCUUGCGCAGCGUCUCCUCUGAGUCGCGUUGAUUGCACCCUGGCAACUGUCGCUGAGGACGCUAGUCGUACCUCAUCGUCUUCGACUCGCGCUAGCUCCGGUCGAACGAAUGACGCAAGCCACUCUCCUGGUGCACCGUCGGUCUCCGAGGCGCCUGUGUCUCACUCAGCCUCCCUCCAUGGAGCUAGGGAAGACGAUGUCGACGCGUGGGCACACGCAUUCAGGAAGGCCUUCGACGAGGUUCUCACCUCGCCGCCCCCUGCCAGUGCCGCACGUCCCAAUGCCCCUCAGACUACUAUCGAAGCGUCUGCAUCUACUAGCGAGCAGGAAUCAUCUCGCACGCAUUCAAGCUCUACGGCUACUGGUAGGGUGACACUCCCUGAGACGCCUUCCCGUAGCAAGGAACCCACCGGACUGACACCUCGCCGCCGCGAUCUCGGAACGUCCCUCGCCCGCAUCUGCGUCCUCACCGCUCUGUUCUACGCAGUGAUCGAACUCGGUCGUGCCUUCGUAGCUCUCAUCAUUAAUACCUACACGAGCUCUCCUUGGGCAUUUCCCUCUACAGCCUAAUCAAUCUCCGUCCAUGCCGUUUUCAUGUGUAACUGUCUUUCUGUCAUCUCGUUACUGUAGCGCUACUAUGGCACGUCUGUGUAUAGGUACACUGGAUUCCUGAUAUCUCUGUUGUAUAAGUUACAACCUGGAUGAAUUAUCAUCAAGUGAGCGAUUGACCGACAUCUGGAGUGAAGCUUUCAAGUCCACGAAUCUUUG